AUGACGAGAAGGGUAGAGGUGCCCUCUGCCACGCGAGUUUACGCAGACAAAUUGGAUGAAGUGAUCAAAAAUAUUGGCUUAAUGGACAACGGAAUUAAUUGUGAUGAACUGGCGAGUGGAAACGUUCCCGAAUCAAUUCGACAAAAAGCGGAACGGUGGACGUAUGAUUUCGAAAUGCGAAAUCCUCUAUUGGAUGUAGCGAAUCGCAAUGAAAGAUGUAAUUAUCUGACGAAGCAAUAUGGUUUCAACACCGUACCACUUUCUGACGAAGAAAAUGAAUUUCCGAUCGCCUAUGGAUUAUUGGUUUUCCGAACUGCAAUUCAGUAUCUUUCGGGUUUUGACCUCCCUCUUAAAACAAAUCGUGAAAUGGUGAGGAUAUUCAAACAAUUGAAUGGUUCGUUCAACACCGAAGUGCUACACUAUGAUUAUGGUCGUCUCUGGGCGAGAAAGGGUACAAAAGCACCACACGGAAUUCACUUGUUCAAAUCGAGUUUAUCAGCAACAUUCAGUCGUGAAUCGGCGAACUAUAUCGCCAAUAAUACAGUCGUGAACGAACUUAUUCAUUACCUCAAUGGAACACACGUUCCGGAUGAAACCUUCUGGACAACCGUUGCUGGUAAUCCUGAAAAAAUUCCAAUGCCCGGAGCCUUCAAUGGGACUCGUUUUCUGCAAUUUACUGAUGAACUUGAACGCAGACAGCAAAAUGAAAUUCGAGCGGAGUUUGCGACUUCUACGAUGCACUACUAUAUAUCGCGUUAUCAAGUAUGGUGGUUCUCACGAAUAAAAAUUUGCAACGGUGAAUUCGUAAAGGACUCUUGUGUAUACGGAAUUGGCGACAUUCCUAUUCUACUUGGAAGACGUGAACUUGUAGCACAUAAAUUCUAUUUGCAUAUACAACCAGCUGCUUAUUUCUGUGUCUAUCAAAAAGUUCGUCAACGAGCCAUAUCGCACGAUAUCGACAGUUUCGAUGAUCGACCUUAUGCGAAUUUACCUGGACCAGCGUUGAAACGUGGCGUGAAUCUCGAUGUAUGGACGAAGCGCUAUUUUUAG